UGACCGUUGGGUGGAAGACUUGGACUCCUGCUAGUAACCCCUGGCUUUAAAUUCUACAAGGACUGCUCUUUAAUCUUGCCAGCCCAGCUGGCUGCGUGUGCAUGAGUAGAUAUGGACGGCUGGAAGUACUGUUUUAAGAGUUAACAGGAAAGAAAGCUUGGACCCUCCUCCGUCUCUUACCAAGGACCUAGUUGCUGUUCCAGUUCUUAUCAGCACCCCAGAUCAGAAUCUGCAGUGGGUGAAGCUGGAAAGCAUCAGCUUAUCAGUGCUGGUCGCGUGGCUUCUUUGUGUACAACAGCUGCUGUUGAAUGCAUGGGCAAAUACAGAGGCUCAGCACUGGCCAGUUAAACACAGAACUAAGGAACACAGGAAAUACAUGUACCUCUACCUUUUUUAAACGAGAUUUAAACUACACAAUCCCCAGGGUUACUUCUGUGUAUUGCUUAUCCCCAAUUGAGUUAGCACUAAGUGGAUGUAGAAAAGAACCCCAUAAUACUCAAAGUGAUUCAUUACUAAAGGGUUGUAAUAGUUUAUAUAAAAAAAAACUCACCAUGGAUGUACGUUUUUAUCCAGCUGCUGCUGGCAACACUAUUCCAGGAGAUCCUUCCAACCUGGACCUCUCCCAAUGCUUGGGCUACUACAGCUACAACAAGUUUGCAGGGAACAAUAACUAUAUGAACAUGGCAGAUCCAAGUCAUGCUUUUUCAACGAGUAAUGAGACAUUCCACACUCCGAGCCUUGGUGAUGAAGAGUUUGAGAUUCCACCCAUAACCCCACCACCAGAAACAGACCCCACCCUGGGGCUAACCGAUGUGGUGUCAGGUUUCCAAGGCCUUAAUGAUCCAUUGCCGUCACAAGGAAAUGAAUUCACACCCCAUUUCCCCCCACAAAGUCUGGAACUGCCUUCGAUCACGAUAUCCAGAAGUAUUCUGGACCAAGAUGGUGGACUCCUCAGCAAUGGUUUGUCUGUGGACCUGGGACAAGCUCAAGUUCCCCAGUACCACCAUAAUCCGAGCAUGGGAAUGCGGUCUGUUGUUCACAUGGCUGACGUUAACCAAGCAGGAAUGAUUCAACAUAAUCAGUUGACCACCAUUAACCAAUCACAGCUGAGCGCACAAUUGGGAUUGAAUUUGGGAGGUGGUAAUGUGCCCCAUAAUUCACCUUCACCCCCUGCCAGCAAGUCAGCAACUCCAUCCCCUUCCAGCUCAGUAAAUGACGAUGAUGCUGAUGAAUUUAACAGGGUGAGUGUUGAGAAACGAGCUGCAGUCGAUUCAGGAAAAAAACCCAAGACACCAAAGAAGAAGAAGAAGAAGGAUCCUAAUGAGCCCCAAAAACCUGUAUCAGCCUAUGCUCUUUUCUUCAGGGACACGCAAGCUGCCAUUAAAGGACAAAACCCCAAUGCCACAUUUGGCGAAGUUUCCAAAAUUGUAGCAUCUAUGUGGGACAGUCUAGGAGAGGAACAAAAACAGGUAUACAAAAGAAAGACAGAAGCCGCUAAAAAGGAAUAUCUGAAAGCGCUUGCUGCAUACCGGGCCAGCCUUGUUUCAAAGGCUGCUGCAGAAUCAGCUGAAGCACAGACCAUGCGUUCUGUUCAGCAGACUUUAGCAUCGACUAGUCUUUCAACUUCCCUUCUUAUGAAUCCAUCACUUUCCCAACAUGCAUCUGUCUCAGCAUCAACCCAGACACUGCCAAGAGCAAUAGCCCCCAAACCAAUGCGGUUGCCCUUGCAAGGCAGUCAGCUGGUGGCAUCCGUUACCAUAGCGCCAAACAUGUCAACAAAUAUUGCUGCACCUAUGGGCACCACUAUGGUCCCCACUCCACCUUCACCCCAGCUGAGCCCUCCAUUGCAGCCUCAGCAGCACCAGAUACAACAAAUGCAGCAGCAUCAAUUGCAACACUUUCAGCAGCAUCAAAUGCAGCAACAACUACAACAGCAAAUGCAGCACCAGCAAAUUCAGCAUCAGCACCAAAUACAGCAGCAUCAAAUGCAGCAACAUCAGAUGCACCAUCAAAUGCACCAACAGCAGCUUCAGCAGCACAUGCAGCAGCAGCUACAGCAGCAGUUGCAACAACAGCAGAUUCAGCAGCAGUUACAGCAGAUGCAAUUACAGCACAUGCAGAAACAGCAAAUCCAGCAGCUGCAACAGCAGCAUCCACCUCAGCACUCGCCACCUCAGCAUUCCCCUGUUGCCUCACAGUCAGUGGUGGCCUCACAGAUCACUUCGCCAGUGCCCACACGAUCGAGUCCACAGCCAGCUCAGCAACAACAAUCUCCACUACAAACCCAGGCUCAGACCCAAGUAUUGCCACAGACCUUUUCACCACCUCCGCCUGAAGUCCAGCCUAUCAUCAGCUCUCCCCCACCAGCUCCUGUGGGUGCUACCACUCCAAUACGAUGCAUGAGGACUGGCUGCACAAAUCCACCAACCCAGAGCGUGGAGUGGGAUAAUGAAUACUGUAGCAGCGAGUGUGUAGUUAACCACUGCAGGGAUAUCUUCAUGGCGUGGGUUGCCUCUCGUAAUCAGAGCUGUACUGCUUCUGUGAAGUGAAGAUUUGCCAUCGACGUUUUGCAGCCAAAACUCUGCAUUUGUCAGACAGACUGCCAAGAAGAUGUUCUGAAAGGCAGGCUGUGACAUGCUUUGUUUCCUUGUAACUACAUGGGCACAGACUUCAGAAGGCUUUCCAGUGACAGGCUGUACAGACUUUCUUUAGGCCCACCUGCCAUUUCUGCCAGUGCCUGGAGAGCUAGCCAUUUUACAUUGUGUAAUGUAGCUUCAGAUGAUUAUUUUGUUUGACAUGAACUUAAAGGGCAUGGCUUUUAGUAAAUGACAUGCCUCUGCAUGAUUGCUGAAGACUUUGAGAAGACUCAGAUGGAAAAACGACUUUUCUUCUCUGACAGUGAUGUCAUCGUGUCCGGUUGAGACUUAAGAUACUGAGUGAAGCGUAUUACUUAAAUGGAAUGCUAACUACAAUUUUCUUCACAAUAACGCAAUUGCUUUUUGAUGGGUUAAA